CUCAUAACCGAAGAAGCCACCACCGCCGCCAGCAACACAUGGGGCACCUUCAACCCGCUCCCCUUGCUGCCCGAACCGUUGCACGUCAAUUGGGUCAACAAUGUACUACCCCAUCCGCGGCCUUGACUCCUUAAUUCCCAAAACUCGAAUGGGACCACAGCCAGACACUUCUAGUCUCGCCCUGGUUCCGAACAACGGGUUGUCCCUCUCCGCAGCAACUGUAGCAGUCGAGCUCUAGUACAUUAAAAGUCAUCGGUGCGCGACACCCUCACCCGUGUAUCCACGGCGAGUUCCCCAGCGAGAUUUCCGAGCUGGAUGACAGCGGGAUCGCCGAUCGCCACAGGGCCGGGUCGGAGGGGCGUUGCUAGGAGGGAGGUAGUAACAUAUCGCCGAAGCGUAUCGAAAAGAGGAGAGUCAGAAGCGUCUGACAUACCUUAUAUGUACAGUACAGUACUCUCUACCGUGACAUGGCUCUCAUUGAGCAACCUGAUCUGCUGCUCAACUCGUCCCGUCCUCCCCAUUCUCCUCCUCAGACGAGUUCUUAAGAACCAAACGGUUCCCAACACGAAAUAUUAUGAAAUCCUGAGCACAACAAGAGCAUUUACAGCCGACCAUCCCCUUACUCCCUCCCGGACCUAUACCCUUCACCGUCCCGACACAUAUUCCACCCCUCUCCCCGCCACCUCCCACUCGAAAGGAUCAACCCAGCCCUCGUCCGGCGGCAAGGCAACCAUGCACGCGCCCAUCCGCACAAAUUCGGCGGCCUCUUUUGCCGUAUAUGGCGCCGACGCUUCAACGCGCCGUCGUUUCGAGGGCGCGGAUGCUUUCAGGGCUGGCGCCAGACACGGGCCGCCGUUUAUGGAAGCCUUUGAGGGCAUGGUGAUGCUCGUUUUGUUUGACUAACGGACCUCCCCAAAUCCUAUUUCUGGAUCAAAAACGUGCCUCGAGGCCA